AUGGUGGAUCUUUACGGUGCAGAUAAAGGCAAUAUUUCAUUACCUCCGAGACUUCAAUCACCCGAAGUCCAUGAUGAAGAAACCGAUGACUCAAAAGAAGUCAUGAUCUUAAAUAUGCAAACAGCAUUUUACCAAAUACGUAUUGCAGAUAUUUUAAAACGAAUUGAAAGGCUUCAAAACCGAAAUACAGAGAUUGAGGAUUCCUGCAUCGCAGAGAAACUUUAUCGGUCACAAGUUGAUAUUAAUACAGCAAAUCAGAUAGCUGAACUGAACCGACAAAUCUACAGUGAAGUGGAAAAAUUAACAGAACAGAAAAAACGGAUCCGAAUGAUUCAGGAUUGGAUAGUCGAAGAAAAGGAGGCACAUCUUAAAAAUGUGGAAUAUGCAAAUGAAAAAUAUGAGAGGACACGACUGGAAAUUACAACAAAAAUCAAUGUCUUGAGUAAUAUAUUUAUAUUACUGAAGAAUGAAAUGUACGCGCGCCUCCGAGGAUUAGCUGGAACGUUUCAAAUAGAAGUUGCUACAUCUAUAGCUGAACCAAUUCAUCGAUUGAUGCGUGAAAACGUUUUCCUUAAAAACGAACUGUUAGAUGUUGUCAGAGAAUCUGUACUGAAAAAAGAAAAGAUGAAGGAAAAUAAUCAGACGGAUGAAACAAAGACGCGAGAUUGUGCAGUAUCGAGGAAGAGUACAGUAGAAUACCUCAUCAAAUCAAAGAUUCAAGGGCAUCUCUUGAAUACAGUAAAAAAGGAACACAGAAGAGUCAAAGAUUUUGUCGAGAAAUUCAGACAGACAGCGAGUGACGUGAAAAUGGUAGAUGAUACUUAUGGGAUAACAAAAGCCCAAACAGAUGAAAUGUUGUAUAGAAUUAGUGCAUUAGAAGCCGGUCUUCAUCGACAAGAGACCCAACUGAAAAUUUUCAGGCAUCUCAGAGAUAAAUCUGAAAUUGAACUACAAAGGUGUACCAAUAUUUUCUACGACACCAAAUAUGUCGUAGCUUGCGCGCUGAGAGUAUGUAAAAUGAAUGAUACUGGAAAGGACAUUUUAGAGAUGGGGGACCGUCAGUUGAUGCUUUAUUUGUUUGAUAUACUCAACAAAGCUGUCACCGAACGAUGGAAAAAUAGGACACCUUCAUCUGCUACUGUGCAUUUCCCUCAAGAAGCUUAUAAAAUUGGUGAUCUGGGCAUUCAAGUGUCGCACAUCGAACUGCGUAAAGCUAGAAUGUCAAGGCAAAGAAAAUCUUCAAGGCUCAGUACGUUUAAAAUACUGGCAUCCCUUGGAGUCAAAUUGUCUAGGACUAGCUCUACAAAGAGCAAAAUAAUACAUGAGGAUUUAGAAAAUUCGGAUCAGGCUGAAGAGUCCGAAAAUUCGACCAAUGAAAAGGUAGAUAAAAGUAGCAAACAAUCGAGCAUAUCUCUCGGCAGCCAAGAAGAAGAUUUAGAGCAAAAACUUAUUGCACUAGAGGCUGUUGAUGAUGAAGAAACGGAAGUUGAACGAGAAGAUGAACCAGAGUUAGAAGAAGAAAUAAAAUUAGAACCAGAAGAGCAGUUACUUGAGAAUGAUAAUGUGAAACAAGAUGAACUUGCUAAAAAUCAAGAAGUAGUAGUGAAGACCGAAAAAAGUGAAUCAACAAUUGCUAUUGCGGUAACUGGUGAGGCAUCCUCGGAUCAAGUAGAUGUGCCGGAGUGACGAUGAUCUGUUUAUUUGCAUGUACCAUGUAACGUUUCAAAUCAAAUUCUUAUCACGCAUUUGAGCUCUUCUUUCCUUGCAAAAUUUGUAAACUUCAAACAUGAUAGGUCAAACACAUGUGCUAAUCUGAUUCUGUACCAAAUCAAGAAAAAGUAUUAUAAGGUAUCGGAAACUCCUAAAUCAAAAUAUACAAACGUUAUUAUUAAUUCGAAGAUGAUCUUUUAU